AUGUUUGUUCUGGAAGUCUUAUCGCUUGAUAAGUUAGAACACAAGCCUCGAGCAAACAACCUUAUCAUGGACCUACAAACUUUGGAGGGCGCUGAGAGCGUUGUCGAGAAUGGCAGCACCAGGGCCCAGGAAUGUUUGGAAAAGAACCUCAAUCUGUCGGAAAAUUUCUGUCCGGCUUAUUACGACGGCCUUCUAUGCUGGGAUCCCACGCCGUGGUACACCUUAGCUGUGCAAAAGUGUUUUAGUGAGUUCCACGGCGUCCAAUAUGACGACACCCAGAACGCGUCACGUUUGUGCUUGGAUGGCAUGUGGCAUAACUACUCCAACUAUGUAAACUGCACAGAGCGUAUUGCAAACGUAUCGCCUACAGAUGUGGCUAGCCUCAUUUACUUGGCAGGCUAUUCUCUCAGCCUCGCCGUCCUAUCACUUGCCGUGUUUGUUUUUCUCUAUUUUAAGGAUUUAAGAUGUCUUAGAAAUACUAUACAUACAAAUCUUAUGUCUACAUAUAUCUUAUCAGCCUGUAGUUGGAUGUUAAACUUAGCUUUACAAAACUGGUCAGAUGAAGCUCAACAAGAGCAAACCUCUUGUAUGAUACUUGUGAUAUGCAUGCAUUAUUUCUACCUCACUAAUUUCUUCUGGAUGCUUGUUGAAGGAUUGUAUUUGUAUAUGUUGGUCGUUGAAACAUUUACAGCUGAAAACAUAAAACUCAAGGUUUAUACUACUAUUGGUUGGGGUGCUCCAGCAAUAUUCAUCACAAUAUGGGUAAUUUCGAGGUGUUUUGUAACCGUCGUUCCAUCAACCGGUCCCGAUGAAUUGGCAAUCUCCAGUGAUACAAAAAUGUGUCUUUGGAUUCAUGAGCAUCAAGUUGACUGGAUACACAAAGCUCCAGCGUUGGUUGGAUUAGCAUUAAAUCUAUUUUUUCUUAUCAGAAUCAUGUGGGUCUUAAUUACCAAGCUGAGGUCGGCAAAUACUUUAGAGACGGAGCAGUAUAGAAAAGCGACCAAGGCUCUUCUCGUCUUAAUACCACUGCUGGGCAUUACCAAUUUGCUGGUAUUAUGUGGCCCCAACGAUGACUCUUGGUUCGCGCACGCUUUUGACUACACACGUGCCCUAAUGCUGUCAACACAGGGUUUCACAGUGGCUUUAUUUUAUUGCUUUAUGAACACCGAAGUUAGGCAUGCGAUCAGAUACCACGUGGAAAGAUGGAAGACUGGUCGAACCAUCGGUGGGGGGAGACGAAGGGGUGCAUCAUACUCUAAGGACUGGUCACCGAGAUCCAGGACUGAGAGCAUAAGGCUCACUGUG